UUGCAUUAAUUAACAAAUAAUUAUUAGGCUCUCUCUCUCUCUCUCUCUUCAAUCUCAGAGAUUUCCUCUCAUGGCUCUCUGCAUGAGAAAAUCAGCAAAAGUGAUCAACCAUCUAAACUCGAACAUGGGUUUAGUGGGUAUGAUCAACCUGCUGAGCCCUUGGCGUUCUGCUUUAUUCCAUCAUCAAGAAUUUUCAGUUACAGCGCCAGUUGCUCAGACUCUAGGAAACCCAGACGCAGAUUCGAGUAUCAAAGCAACCCAUUUCUCUUCUCGACGUUUCAAAUCGACAAAAACCGACAAACAAUUGAAUUCUCUCAAUGAUGCUGAUGACAACAAGGUAUAUUGGGAAGCCCACCAUCCUCGGAUCUUGGAUUUUCCAGGAGGAAAGGUUAGAUUCACUCCUGAAAUGAGGUUCAUAUCUGAAUCCCCUGAGGAGCGGACGCGCUGCUACCGCAUCCUUAAUGAUGGAGGACAGCUGAUUAUGGGCAGCAAUGUUAUACAGGUCAGUGAGGAACUUGCUGUAAAGAUGUACACUGACAUGAUUAUACUUCAAACUAUGGACACUCUCUUUUAUGAAGCACAAAGGCAAGGAAGAAUUUCAUUUUAUCUUACUACAAUUGGAGAAGAGGCCAUCAACAUUGCAACUGCAGCAGCGCUGACCAUCGAUGACUGUGUCUUCCCUCAGUACAGAGAACCAGGAGUGCUAUUAUGGCGUGGCUUCACCCUACAAGAAUUUGCAAACCAGUGUUUCGGAAACAAAGCUGAUUAUGGGAAAGGCAGGCAGAUGCCUAUCCAUUACGGAUCUAAUAAGCACAAUUACUUCACCGUAUCAUCGACAAUUGCUACACAAAUUCCCCAUGCUGUUGGUGCUGCAUAUUCCUUGAAGAUGGAUAGAAAAAGAGCAUGUGCAGUCACGUUUUUUGGUGAUGGUGGCACAAGUGAGGGAGAUUUCCAUGCUGCGUUAAAUUUUGCUGCGGUUAUGGAGGCCCCAGUUAUAUUCAUCUGUCGGAACAAUGGAUGGGCGAUUAGUACCCCUACUUCAGACCAGUUUCGAAGUGAUGGUGUAGUUGUCAGAGGCCGAGCUUACGGUGUCCGAAGUAUCCGCGUAGAUGGUAAUGACGCACUUGCCAUGUAUAGUGCAGUUCAAGUUGCACGUGAAAUGGCAAUAAGUGAACACAGACCAAUCUUAAUUGAGGCAUUAACAUAUAGAGUGGGACACCACUCGACGUCCGAUGAUUCCACCAAGUAUCGCCCGGCCAAUGAGAUUGAAUGGUGGAAAUUGGCUCGAGACCCUGUAAGUAGAUUUAGAAAAUGGAUUGAAAGCAAUGGUUGGUGGAGCAGUGAGGCUGAGUCAGACUUUAGAAGCAGCGUGAGGGAGCAGCUACUACAUGCAAUUCAAGUUGCAGAGAAAGUUGAGAAACCUCCGGUGGCGGACAUGUUCACAGAUGUAUAUGAUUUUCCUCCAUCCAAUCUCCACGAGCAGGAGAAAUUGCUGAAAGAGACGAUAAGGAGACACCCACAGGAUUACCCUUCAGAUGUUCCUUCCUAGACUUGGACAACUACGUGUUUAUACAGAUGUAUAUUGAUUCCAUGCUUCUCGCAAGAUUCGAGUUGGUGCGUAGUUCAUGUCCAAUACUUAGUGAUACAGAUCACAACAUUCUUUCCAACUGAAUAUGCACGUUCUCAAUUCUCUUGCUCUUUGAAAUUAGAUAAGAAAGUUGCAUGCCA